UGAAAACGUUGCACGGCAUCAAACCUCUCUCACUUUAUCCUAUAGACUGUCAAAAGUAAUAUGGCGUACAACUACAUAAAUCAUGUGAACGUUGAAUGCAAAUAUCAUAGAGUUAUAUAGAUAGACUGCGCAUUCUUAUGGAUGCGCUGAAGAUUACAUUAGACAGAGCUUUUGUGUGAGUGAGGCUCUCUCUUUCGCUCUGUAUUAAGAGAGGGGUGAAAACGACACAAGGGGAAAGUUCAAGUUUGGCUCGCGGAGCCGUGCCACACAUAGGGCGCAAGUUACGACACCCUUUCACGAAGCGGCGUGGCUGAUUGUGAGCAGACAGAGGCUCCCGCGCCACGAACACUUUCGCGCCGACGACGGCGUUCGAGUCCCGCUGACGACUGUCUUCGUAACGUGAACAGUGAAAAACUCGUGUUAAAAAUGGAAACCACGUUUGUAGAUGAAGCAACGAUCAGCUAUGUGCAAAAUCUAGCAAAAUGUGAUAUUACGAAAGAAGAGUUGACAGACGCAAUAGAAUAUCUUCGAGAUGUCCUGAUACAAUUUAAUUUAAUUAAUAAUGAAGCGCCAAGAAAAUUAUCAAAAAAUUCCAAAUUAAUUGGCGGAAAAUUGUUUGAAAAAUUAAUUAAACUGCUGGGAAAACAUAAAAUAUCAGAUGAGGUGGAAUAUUAUAUAGCAGAAGGAGAAGACGAGAUUGAAGAAGACACGAUGGAAGAUGUUCAAUCAUCUUCUUCGGACGAGCCUCAUACGAGUCAAAGAACGGAAGAGUCUUCUCCGGACAAGCCUCAUAUGAGUCAAAGAACGGAAGACUACGAACCUCCGCAAAAAGUUGCAGCGAUGUAUCUAGUGCCGUAUGACGUAAAAUUGAAAAUAGUUAUGACCGCAAACGAACAUCCGAAUUGGAGCUUCCGUACGUUACAAAGCAAGUUUAAAAAGCAUUUGCAUUAUCACAGUGAAGUUGCACGCUUCCGCAAAUACAUUUUAUCUGGUGGAAAUUAUUGGGAUAAGCUGCAAUUAAUAAAACGGAAUGUGUAUGAUCGGUUUACGGAAGCAAGAGAGCAAAGGCAACUUGUUACACGACGUCUCCUUCAACAGUGGGCGAUGGCUGCAGCCGUUCAAUAUAACAAACAAGGAGAAGAAAGCGAAAAACGUGACAAAGCUUUCCGCUUUGUAGCAUCGAACACAUGGUUAACGUCAUUUCUACGUGAAUACAAAAUUUCUAACCGUCGAAUUGUUCGGUAUUUAUCAAAAAGAGAAAUAAUAUCACCGCAAGCUGUGAUGGAAUCCGCUGUACACUUUCAAAAAUUAAUUAGAAGUAUAUCACCGGAUUACGACCCAGAUUUCAUAAUAAAUUCUGACCAAAUGGGCUGCGAAUAUCGCGUAAAUGUUGCACGAACGACCACGCAUACUGGCGAAAAAUUGGUACAAUUAUAUAUCGGCGACCUAAACAAAGUGACUCACUCUUAUACUGCACAAUAUUCUGUCACACAAUCGGGCAAGCUAUUAAAUAAAGUGUUCGUUUGCUUACAAGAGACUUCCGAUACAUUUGGAGUCCGGGUACAGAAAGAGGUAGAUGCGUUAUUGCUAUUAUGUAAAAAUGUUGUUCCAGUCUGCUCCAAAUCAGGGAAAUUAACAACAUCUUUCUACCAGCAAUAUUUGAAACUGGUUCUCAAGCCGUACGUUGGUAAUCAUCAGUUUUUAUUUCUUGUUGAUUCUUGGGGAGGACAAAAGAAUAUUCAUAUGUAUAACGAAAUAUUUCGCGAUAAUAACAAUAGGCCAACGUGUAACCUACAAAUAAUACCACCAAAAUGUACGCCAAUUUGUCAACCGUGCGAUGUUUAUUUCUAUAGACAGGUCAAAAUCAUUAUAAAGCGUAUACAGAACUGUCCUUCUUUAUAUAUCGGCGACGAAAUUAUAAAUUGGAACACUCGCGCUGAUGCGAUUCGUAUACAAUCGCUCACACACUAUUUGUUAUCAGCACCAGUUUUCAAUUUUAUGCUCCAAUAUGCGUGGUAUGCGUCCAGUCUUGUUGACAGUCGCGAGGUAUUUUACAACGUCAAUCAAAUAUGUUUUCCACCAACUAUACAUAGUCAAAAGUGUAUUUGUGUAAAAAAUUAUGCGUUCAUUACGUGCAGUUGGUGCAAAAAACUAUUAUGUUUUACAUGCUUUUAUACGGCAUUCCAUCCGCAGAGUUGCGACAGCAUGACCACAUUUUAUAAUACGUAACUUUCAUUUGUGUGCCUUAUAUUUGUUUAUGUGUGUGUGUGUGUAU